CCGGAAAUCCCUGAUUUCACAGAACAGCUUGACACAGAAUCAAGUUCAAUAAUAGCGACUACUGGGCUUUGGCGCUCUUGCGGAUCAUUUUCUGGGAUAACGAGAUGUAUUGAUCUUCCCUCAUCAUGCUCGGCGUUAAUCGGUAACACCACUAAUGUAUGUAACAAAAUGAUGGCAGCACGAGUAUUCGUCACUAUUGCUUGUAUUAUAUCAGGGAUUUCCGGUAUAUGUUUCUUCGCAUGUACACUAGAAAUUAUCAAUAAGAAUCAGAUGGCAAUUAGCAUAAGUAAGAUUCUUGCAGUUAGUUCCGUUAUAAUAGGUGUUAUUGGUCUUGCAGUUGGUAUUGCUUUUUCUACUUAUACUGGUAUAUUACCGAUAAAGGCGUCGGUGAGUGUAGCAGCGAUAUUAGCCAUAGUUGCUGUUGUCAUAAAUAUGUUUCUUUGCUGCUGUUUUGGCAAUGGGUAUUCGUUGAACAUUCAAGACAUUAUUCAAUGUGCAUCCGAGGUUUAAUCUAGAGCACUCUUCCUUAACUUUUCAUUUGUAUAUCAUUUUGAUUUUACUGUCUCAUUUUUGAUUAACUUAUUAUAUGAAUAAAAUGCAUCUAAAAAAUAAUUCAUAUCUCUGUGAAUGUAUACCACAUAUUUAUAUCAGAUAUUAAUUAGAGUGUGUUAUGUGAUGACAGAUGUAAGAGGGUGGAGUGUGGGUAAGCAAUAGUAAACAAGCAACAUUUACUGUACCCAUCCACACCUAUACCCACACCCCUUUGAAGUUUUUUCAGAUUUAAUUUUUUUUUCUUCGUGUUUUCUUCUAAUUUUUUGAAAUUUUUUCUUAGUAGUUUUUUUUCACCCUGUGAUUGUUUUUAUCUUCUUGGUUGUUUAGUUUUUUUAAAGAUGUUUAUGAGUCACAAUAAAGAUACUAAUACAAUGAAAAUCUUAUUUAUGUCUUUCUUUACAAAAAUUGCGGUGCAGUGAUGCAAUAACUGCGAUCACACUGUAAUCCAUAAUUGAUAAAAACUGUGACACAAACAAGUACAACUGUGAUUUUUUUACCGUACAUACGCGUAAUUAUGUCAGAGUUUUUUGCAAUUACGGGACACACUACGAUUGCAGGAUGAUUUUAAUCGAACAUAUAGGUGGUGACAUAUCAUUUCAUCAUUGCAUCACAAUAAUAAAAUGCAAAGGCAUGAUAAAUCUAAUGAAGCUGUUUCGAUUAUAGUAAGAAAAAUUAAUGGACUUUUAAAAAACACAAGAUUAGGAUCAAUUUGCUGCUGUUCAUUUGAUUGAAAUAACCAAUGAAUUAAGACGUACAGAUAAAACAAAUAUUGAUGCAUUCAAAUAUAAUUCACCACUCAAGUAA